AUGCCAGCUCGUUUCCACUACUUGUUUCCUCUCGCGAGCGACGAUCUGCACGCGGCCGUCACCGCCGUCUUGCCAACGCUCGAGGCAUCGGUCCUCGCAAAGGGUAAUGCAUCGCUCGCCGAGCUCUAUCGUACAUGGUCCUUCGCGGAUCGUGGCGCGUCGCGAUUGGUGGUCCGCGCGUCAACGCUGCGUGAGCUUUUGAACGGCCUGCGCUCGUUUCUCAACGGAUGCCCCGAGCCCGACGUCGUCUUUGUCGCUACGUCAGUGCCGGCCACGCCGCCGCCACUUGUCUGCAUCUUCAAUGGCAUGGGUGGGCAGUGGAAUGGCAUGGGCGCAACGCUCAACGAAGUCUAUCCCGUCUUUGCUUCGGCGCUUACGGCCGCUGAAGAAGCCCUCCUCGCCGUCGCAGGCGGCGCUCGGUUCGUACCAGCAAUGCUCGAUCCGUCGUCCACCUCGAUGACGACCAACGCCGGUGCGCAGGCAGGCAACUUUGUGCUCCAGGUGGCUCUUCUCGCCGAACUCUCGUCGCGCCUCGUCGCGCCGUACAUGGGCGCACUGGGUCUUUCCGCCGGCGAACCGGCUGCAGCGUACGCCGCCGGAAGUCUCUCGCUCAGUGACGCGGCCAAAGUGGUGUGCACACGCCUCGCCAUGCAAGAUCGCGUCGCGGCGCAUGAUGGCGGCAUGCUCGCUAUUCGAGCGUCCGAGGCGAUAAUCACUCCGCUUCUGCCGGCUGAGGUUGAAGUCGCUGCUGUCCUUUCCCCACACCUCUCGACGGUGACGGGGCCAAUACAAGCGCUCGAGACGCUCAAGACGACCCUCCCGGCGUCGAUUCUGACCAUCGACCUCCCGAUGCGAGCCGCGUACCACAGCAGAGUCAUGGAGCAAGCCAACAUUCCCACCGACUUGGUCGUGGCCCUCCAAGAUCUGCGUCCUCGGCCACCAACCACAGCGCGGCUCUUCUCGACUGUCACAGGCGGCGAAAUUGCAACACUGCUGGACGCGGCGUAUUGGUAUGCGAAUGUUCGCCAGCCCGUUUUGUUUCAAAGCGCCGUCGAGACAGCGCUGCGCGCCGGUGGUGCCGUCUUUGUCGAGCUCGGGCCGCACGCGUCUAUCGCGCGUUCGAUCGAAUUCAUUGCUGGCGCGUCGGCGUCGUCGGUACCGAGCAUGCUCCGGGGCACGGAAGAGCUCUUGCAGCUCGACCGCGCGACAAUCCACCUCUAUCUCCACGGCCACGUCAUUCAGCUCGUGCUGGCCGCCGUCGGUCUCGUCGCCGCCACCGCGUCGCCGAAGCGGCAGGUUCUGCCCGUCGUGCUCAUCCCGGGCCUCGCGUCCUCGCAGCUCCACGCGUGGAAGAACGAGCGCUGCCAUGGCUCGAUCGGCCAAGAGGUCAAGAUCGGCGACCGUAUGUGGAUUGACGUCGGGCGCCUCUUGAGCCAGACCGACUGCUGGGAGCGCUGCAUGAGGCUGCAUACGCGCAACCAGUCGGACGUGGCGUGCAAGCUACGCGCGGGCGACGGCAUCUCGGCGAUCACGGAGCUCGCGCCAGGCCUCGUCACGGGCCCGCUCUCGGUCGUAUGGCGACACGUCAUCGAGACGCUCACGGGUCAUUUCGACAUGGGACCGCACCAGCUUAUGGUCGCCGCGUACGACUGGCGCCUCCCGCCGUCCAUGCUGCAGGAGCGCGACCACUUUUUCUACACCAUGCUCAAGCGCAUUGAGGACGCAGUGCACUUGCAUCAAAGCCGAGGCGUCGUCAUCAUCGCGCACUCGCUUGGCAACAACGUCUUGCGCUACUUUCUUGCGUGGGUCAAACACCACAUCCACUUGACCGACGACGUCCACGAGGCGUGGGUUCGACGCCACAUUGCCGCCUACUUUGCCCUCGGCACGCCGUUUCUCGGAAGCUCCGAGCCGCUCGAAUGCCUUGUCACGGGGCUCUCGGUCAAAAUGCCGCUGUCACUCGACAUGUAUCGUCGCCUGCAAACCUCGCACGGCUCGACCCAGUGGAUCCUGCCAAUUCCACGCACGCUGCACGACGACCCGACCGACGCGCAGGCGCAACAAGCCUUUGCGUCGGUGACGUACCCUGGCGAGGCUGGCUCCACCGUCACGCGCAGCUUCUCCAUGCGCGAGCUCACCAACGGCUCGUUCCACCGCGCCAUGGCAGCGCGCGAUCCGACGUUCGAGGACCUCGAAUACGUGCGGGAGCGGUACUAUGCCCAGGAUCCCGUGCUCAACGUGCACACGCCAUGGACGCGACCGCCCAUCGAAUCAAUCUACGUCAUUUACGGUACAGGCAAAAAGGUGCGCCAUCGGUAUACGUAUACCGAGCGCGAGCGCGGGGCGUGGACGCUCGACGAGCUCUUCACCGAGACGCCGGACGCGGCGACGUGCAACAAGACGGGCGACGGCACCGUGUCCUAUUACUCCCUCUCGUGGGGUCACACGUGGCUUGGCGCCGACGGCGACAGCGUCACCAUGACGCGCGCGCCGCAAGCGCCGUACUUUUCCCGCAAAGACAUUGCGCAAACGAAAGCGACGCGCGUCAAGUACGCAGAGUACCAAGGCGGCCUCCAAUGCAAGUCGUCCGAGUCGCCGUCGCUGGCGUCGGCCGAGACGCAAGCCAUGCAAAUGCACUACAACAGCGGGUUUCUCUCCGACCUCUGGAGCUCGGCGAGCGACGAGCCGCGGAUUCAUUUUUUCGAGCACUCGGGCGUCUCGCCGACGGGUCGCUCACUCCACACGAGCGUGUGGGAGUUUGACCUGAUCCAACACCGAGAAAUGCUGUCCGAACCUGCGUUUUUGCGGGAACUCAAAUUUGAGCUGCACAACGUGUUUGACGGCAAGGCCCACACGGACAAGUUUUAUCCACGCUAG